UCUACGAAUCUGACUGUGAUUCUACUCUUCAAAAUAAAAAUAAAAUUAAUUCGAUGGUAAUGCAACAUUUACAUUCACAAUAACAUGAGAAGAUAUUGAAACGACAUAAAAUAAUUAAUUUCUAAACAUGGACGUUGAAAUUGUUGAAGAAACUGAUUUACAAGAUGACCUGGUAUGCAGCGUUUGUUACGCCGAAUUUCUUGAUAAAGAGGACUUAGAGGUGCAUAUAAAGCAGUUACAUCUGAACGAGACUAAUAAAAGUAGAUUUUGUGAGAUUUGCACACACAUUUUUCCGGAUAUCGAAGAAUAUGCAUUACAUAUAAGGAACACGCAUUCCCGCAGUUUAAAGUGCUGUAAGUACUGCUCUAGGCUGUUUAAAUCGUCCGUAGAAGUCCAAGAGCAUGAAAAGAAACAUAAUGCUGCGGUUUUAUAUCCAAAAGUUUCAUGUUCGCAUUGUAAAAAAGUUUUUAACAGCAAAGAGGAGGUGAAAAAUCAUGAAGUAAAAGUACACUGUGAUUCCAUUGACGGAUUUAUGUUGAAGGAUUGUUUGCCGAUACUGUCAUCUUUACUGUGUAUGAAUGUACAAGAGUUUUUCAACAGCCUUCCCUAUAAAUGUGUUGUGUGUGACAGAACAACUGUUGAUGUAAAUGCAUACAUACAACACUUGGUUGAUGAUGAUAAGUGUCGUGGCCAUGCGUGUAAUGAAUGCUGCAACGUGUAUGCGAAUAAAGUUAAACUUGGGAGACAUAUGCUUAAACACAUUCAAGGCAAUCCUAAUACGAGAGACUCUUUAUCACGAUGUCGUAAAUGUGGUCUGCCUUUUAAGGCAACCUCGUUCAAGUCGCACAAGAAAGUAUGCACGGGAAUGCGUUGUGUAUUGUGCAACUUGUAUUUCAAUUCCAUUGCUGAAUACACUAGCCACAGAUUGGCCGAGCACAGAGCCAAGAUGCCAGUACUAGAAGUAUGUAUCUAUUGUCAACGACGAAUGAUUGGUGUGGACAGUUUGAAGAAACACGUACAACGAGUGCAUAAAAAUGACAAACACCUGUAUAAAUAUCAUUGUACCGACUGUGAUAGACUUUUUAAGCAUCCAAAGCUCCUAUUUGCACAUUUUUUCUCAAGCCAUAAGGACUUGCAUCCGUACACUUGUAAGAUUUGUGAUAAAACGUUUAGGAUACGCAAGAACUUUACCCUGCACAUCAAAUUGACACAUAAAAGUAUCGGUUUCGUUGAAUUUGAUGAUAACUUCCACGUAUUCUUCACUGAUAAGAAAUUGGGCACACAAUCCAAAAGUCAAACAGCGCUUGGAAGCAUUGAUGAUGAAAAUGAUGGAUUCACUUUCAAAAAUGAUCAUGAUUAUUGUGAAAACUCAAGUACAUUUGAAGAAAAGAUAUGUAAAGUUGAAAUUGAGAGAAUGCAAAAUGUUUGUGAUGAACCAAAAAAAGAAUUGAGUGAUGUUAAAAAAUCAAAUGAGGAAGAUAAAGAAAACAAAAAGCAAACUGAACGAAAUGAUGAUGUGACAACUGAUUGUGCAACAGUUGAAUUACCUGAUGAUAAGAAAUCUGUUAGAAAACCUGUACUUAAACGCAAACUAAAUGUGGCUAAGAAACAUAAGAUUGAAGAUACAAAUGAUGACAAUAAAGGUGUAUCCUCAGAUGAUUCUGAUGUACCGUUAAAGACGGUCUCUAAAAAGUUAAAAUUGCAAAAGAAUCAAACGAGAAGAGUUAGAAGAAAUUUGAGUAAGCCUGCUAGAUCCAAGAAAUUCGUCUGUGCUAAAUGCGAUAAGGAUUGUUACACAUACCAAAACUAUCACAGACACAAAGCAUUACACCUUAAAAAUGAAACCAAAGUAUGCAUCAAAUGCUAUGCAAAAUUUGAUUCAGUGAAACAACUUGAAAAUCACAUUAAAAAGGAACAUUCUAGCUCACAGCUCACGGAGACAUUAAAGAAAUUGCUCGAAAAACGCAAAGUUGCCGAAUCGACAUUGAAAACAGGUGUCAAAUUAAAACAAUCCGUAGAUCCAUCAAUGCAAAUCCCUAAAAAUGCUAAACAUGUAGUAUCAAUGCCUCAAAAAGUCAUCCCGUUAACAACAACCGAAAAGUUUCGUAAUACAUUCAAAAAGGUUAACACUGAAAGGAAUGCAAAUACCAAAGUUACAAUGAAAUUGAUAGACAAAGACAAGAUUUCAGUUAAAAAAUACUUGGAGAAUUUCACCCCAGAGAGCAACGAUGUCAAAAUAACCAUAGUAAAUGACCCGGGUCCUUUGGACACUAGGGUGAAAAAGCUAAGGCCUCUGAUAAAGCUAACGAAAUGCCCCGAAUUCUCACACGAAUACCAAAAAGCAAGAUUGAAAAUGCCUGUAAAAUUCACGGAUGAUUUGAAAGAACAGUGUCAAGUCAGCAUCAAAUUGGCAACGGAUUAUCGGCCUCCAGCUAUGAUGUUUCCCAGCAAAGUUGAUAACAAUUUGACGGUCAAUAACUAUGAUUAUAAUGACACGUACGAUACUUAUGAAUACGAAGCGGAGCAUAAAGAUGUAAUCCCAGAAGUUGCACAAGAAGUGAUGUUAGAAGGAACCGUCGAACAGAAUACAAUCGUACGUACAAUGAAUUUGAGUAACAUACCCACUUGGCACAAAGUUCAAAUAGCACACCUAUCAACCGAGGCGCCGUAUUUCAAAAUUUCCAAAGUAAAUUUGGGAACAGAAAGUUCGUUCACACUGACUCCCGAAGGAAAUAAAACUCAAAUUCAAGACGAGGAGACGCCAAAGAAGAUAAUGUUACCAAACGGUAAGAAAUUGAUCAGCGUCAAUCCUUUUGAGCAUUUGCUAAAUAAACAGGCGAUGGACGAAUUGAAAAGUAGUAAGAGCAGAAAUAAAGUGUAUUAUAAACCAAAAAUAAUUAAUGCGGCUGAAGCUAUCAAGACGGCUUUGCAGAAGUUAGAAGAGUCAUGCACGGUCAAAGAAAAGAAGAAAAAAUAGUUUUAAGCUAAAGUUUUAACACUCAGGGGCCGUUCAAGUAUUAGUAAGCAGAUUUUUUGCAAUCAUUAACCCACCCCUCCCCCUCGUCAGCAAAAGUAAGCAAAGCUCUUACCCCCCCAAUGCUUACGUAAACAUUGGUACAAUUGAUUGAUUUAUGAGCAGCAGUUAUUAAGUCUAGAAAUCCAUACUUAAUUUUUUUUUUUUCAGCCUUAUAUUUAUCCUUAAUAAAUUUCUAAACAAAGAAAAUAAUUUUUAUUUUUAAGGACCUCUCAUUGAGUAAAGGCCUCCUCCAGAUUCUUCCAGGUUUUCCUGUUUAGCGCCUUUUUUUCCAGUCUAUGCCUCCCGUUUUUUUGAUUUCAUUUUCCCAGCUUUCGACAGGUCUACCUCUCUUUCGUUUCCCAACUGGGCCACGCCAUUCAGUCACAGUCUUUGUCCAUCUUUUAUCUGUGAGUCGAAUAACAUGACCAGCCCAAUUCCACUUUAACUUCAUGGCAUGUUUUAAUGCAUCAAUAGCUUUCGUUUUUUUUCUUAUAGCUGCAUUUCUAGUUUUGUGUAUUCUACGCAGACCAAGAAUGCUCCGUUCCAUUGCCCUCUGAGCAGUUUGGAUUUUAUUUUUUGUAUAUUUGUUGAAUAUCCAGGUUUGGCUAGCAUACUUAAUAUUAUAAAUGGGAAAGUCCAUGUACUUUGUCAGUUGCCAAUUGCCAUCGAUUUAAGAAAAGAAAAACCGGCCAAGUGCGAGUCUGACUUGCGCACCGAGGGUUCCGUACGUAUUUUUUUCUUGGCUUCACUCUGUAGCCUUUAGAAAUCAAUCGAUGAAUUUUGGCAUAUUUUAUUUUUAAACUACCUAUGUAUAAUUAAAUAGAAUUAUGUAACUAGCAUAUUUAAUGGUUAAAUUAAAAUUAAA